UUGCAGGGAGGGGUGGCGAGAAGUAAUUAUGUAGAACUGUACGUUUGGAUUGAAGGUCUAGAUUGGGCAAACCAGAGGUCUCCACAGCUGUUUCAGUGGUUUUACACAGACUUGAAGCCCUGAUUCAGGCGUUUGUUUAGGGUACCAUGUGCCUUGAAUCAGUGCGGGACAGGAUGGGGGCAUUCAGAACUGGGAGAAUCAUUCGUAGGCAUUGCUGGAUGGUUCCAGGUGCCACCGUAUUACUUCUUCCUCUCACACUAGUUUCACUGUUGAAGUUAUGUUACUCCCCAGAACCUUAGAUUCCAAGAGGAGAGUAAGGCUGGCAUUUCUUUCGAGAGGGUAAUAUUUGCUUUUGCUCACUCCAGCUCGGUGCUUUCACCCUAAUAAAUGGAGUUCGCCGGGGCAUAUAAAAGAAGUGGUGGUGAAACGGGAAAAACCAGAACUGAAUCUCCAAGGUCUGCGGUCUGGUUGAAAGAUGUCAGCCCUCACUGCCCUGUUUAAGUACGUUGAUGAGAAUCAGGAUCGCUACGUUAAGAAACUUGCGGAAUGGGUGGCCAUCCAGAGCGUGUCUGCGUGGCCCGAGAAAAGAGGCGAGAUCAGGAGGAUGAUGGAGGUCGCCGCUGCCGACAUCAAGCAGCUGGGGGGCUCCGUGGAGCUGGUGGACAUUGGGAACCAGAAGCUCCCUGAUGGCUCGGAGAUACCACUUCCGCCCAUUUUACUCGGCACACUGGGCUCCGACCCGCAGAAGAAAACGGUGUGCAUUUAUGGACAUCUGGACGUGCAGCCGGCAGCCCUGGAGGACGGCUGGGACAGCGAGCCCUUCACCUUGGUGGAGCGAGACGGCAAACUGUAUGGGAGAGGAGCCACCGAUGAUAAGGGGCCAGUGGCCGGCUGGAUGAACGCCCUGGAAGCCUUCCAGAAAACGUGUCAGGAAGUCCCCGUCAACGUCCGCUUCUGUCUGGAGGGCAUGGAGGAGUCUGGCUCCGAAGGCCUGGAUGCGCUGAUCUUUGCCCAGAAGGACGUGUUCUUUAAGGAUGUGGACUACGUCUGCAUCUCUGACAACUACUGGCUGGGGAAGAACAAGCCCUGCAUCACCUACGGGCUCCGGGGCAUCUGCUACUUCUUCAUUGAGGUGGAAUGCAGCAGCAGAGACCUGCACUCCGGCGUGUACGGCGGCUCGGUGCACGAGGCCAUGACCGACCUCAUCGUGCUGAUGGGCUGCCUGAUGGACCGCACGGGGAAGAUCCUCAUCCCGGGCAUCAGCGAGGCGGUGGCCUCCGUGACGGACGACGAGCUGGAGCUCUACGACAAGAUCGACUUCGACCUGGAGGAGUACACCCGGGAUGUGGGGACACAGACCCUGCUGCACGGCUGCAAGAAAGACAUCCUGAUGCACAGGUGGCGGUACCCGUCCCUCUCCCUCCACGGGAUCGAAGGUGCCUUCUCUGGGUCGGGGGUCAAGACCGUGAUUCCCCACAAAGUGAUCGGCAAGUUCUCCAUCAGGCUCGUGCCAGACAUGACUCCUGAGGUGGUCACCGAGCAGGUUACGAGCUACUUGACCAAGAAGUUUGCUGAACUGCACAGUCCCAACAAGUUCAAGGUGUACCUGAGCCACGGCGGGAAGCCCUGGGUAUCCGACUUCAACCACCCUCAUUACUUGGCUGGGAGAAGAGCCCUGAAGACAGUUUUUGGUGUUGAGCCGGACUUGACCAGGGAAGGCGGCAGUAUUCCUGUGACUUUGACAUUUCAGGAGGCCACAGGGAAGAAUGUCAUGCUGUUGCCCGUGGGGUCAGCAGAUGACGGAGCCCACUCCCAGAAUGAAAAGCUCAACAGGCACAACUACAUUGAAGGCACCAAGAUGCUGGCUGCAUACCUGUACGAAGUGUCCCAGCUGAAGAACUGAGCACCGCCCUCCUCCCAUCACCUUGCGCUCUUCCCGUCGCUCGGGAACGCGGAAGCCCGUCUCUCUCCUUUCCCUCUCGUCAGAUUCUCCAGGCCUCCAGGAGUGGACGCGAGACCACCCACCUGUCUCAGGAUGGAGUUAACCUAUCCCGGCAGCGAUAAAUGUUCAGCCCUGGGGGCUUGUAAACGACCCUGGGUGACAGCUGAAUUCUCAGUGGUGUCUCCAGAAAAUAGCCAAGGCCUAAAAGCACAAGUUCUUCUGUAGAAAGUUCUGGUCGAUGUCCACUGGGCUAAAGAGAGGCCUUGGUGCUUCCUGGUCCCACCUCUGCCCCCAGAGUCAGGGUCACACACACUUGGAACAUUGAGUCGCGGGCACCUGGUGCCUCGAGGGCCAUCCUUUCUGUCCUUUGCUGUCUUGGGCACAUUCUGUCCUUUUCUCAAGACCUUAACUGUUACUGGUGUUCCACAUCUUCUGUUUAUUACGAUCCCUCAAAACCUCAGCCUACUGGGAGGGUUAUUUGAUCUCAACCUGAGUUGCUAAAUAAAAAAAGCUGAGCUUCUGGAGGA